AUGUCUGAUGCAACAACACCUACUGGUUUGGUAGCCUGUCCGACAGACUGGAUAGCAUGGUCCGGGCGAUGCUACCACAGACCGAGUGCAGCAUCAGAUGGUACAUGGGACAACGCCCGGGCUGUCUGCCAGGCGCAUGGUGGCGAUAUCAUCACAGUGAGAACUGCCAGUGAGAACAGGUUCCUCUCUGAGGCUGCAUUUGGCGGAUUACUGGGGACUAGUGGGGAACCGGUGUGGCUUGGUUGUAGGCAGUCAUCAGCAGACGGCACUGCUGAUGGCAAUGAUAAUGGGAGUGAAUUUGCUUCAGUUGGUGGUUGGCAGUGUCUGCGCGAUAAGGAGGGGGAUGAUGACUACGUGUUUACAAACUGGAGAGAUACUUUCCCCGUGGUGUCUGGGGAUGAUGGUGACCAGUGCGCUGUCAUGAUGCCAGGAGGCUAUUGGGAGAAUGUUGCCUGUAGCGUUACCAUGGGAACUGUCUGUGAGCUUCAGCCAGAAGAAUGCAAAGUUCAGGACAUUCCAGGUGAAAAAUAG